UUCGAGUGAGCCUCGGGUCGGUCUCGAAAACGAACCGGGCGAUUCGCGUUGCGCGUACGCACGGACGCGCGCUCCAAUUUUAAAUUUUGCGCGCCUACGGACCUCCUCGCAAUUUUUUUUUUAAUAAACCCUAUUAAUAGUUAGUGUAAUCUGUGUUCUUUAGUGUAAGUGGAAAUAUUAUGCGAUAUAAAACAGUUGAGUGAACGAUCAAACUUUUGUUUUUUUAUGAAAACUUCGGAGCUUUUUCUGUCGUCAGAGUUUCCAGAUAUCACGAUGAACCAGCAAUGUAAAGUGUGCGGCGAACCAGCAGCGGGCUUUCAUUUUGGAGCUUUUACGUGCGAAGGGUGCAAGUCGUUCUUCGGGCGGACGUACAACAACCUGUCCUCGAUUUCUGAAUGCAAGAACAAUGGUGAAUGUGUCAUCAAUAAGAAAAACAGGACGGCGUGCAAGGCAUGCAGGCUACGGAAAUGUUUGCUAGUCGGCAUGUCCAAAUCGGGUUCGCGGUACGGGAGACGAUCGAACUGGUUUAAAAUACAUUGCCUUUUACAAGAACAGCAGCACCAACAUAUGCAUCAAUUGCAGACGAGUAAAUCACCGCCCACGUUCAACACUUCGAUCAACUCAUCGUUUUUGCCAACGAACCUUUUGCCCGCGGCGGCUUUAGCUGAAUAUUACAAGAGCUCCGAAAAGAAUCACUUUACUGAUGAAGUGACGCGGCAGAGCGUUUCACCUUCAGAUUCAGGCGCAUCCUCUGCUGACCCAGAAGAUGAUAAUAGUUCGAGAAGUACUAGCGGGUUAAGUAUAUUUCGACCAGCGUCCUCACCGUCAAGUGAGAAAGAUGUCCGGUUACACGCGAUUAGAAAUCAAAAAGAUCUGAAAAGAAGAAAAGCGUCAACCUUGCCUUCGUCACCCUUUGGCCCUAUGACUGCUUCGCCUAGUUACUCCCCAAGAAGUGCACCAUUUUUACCAUCACCACUUCAAAAUAUUAGACCAAUACCAUCGGGGUUAGCAUGGCAAAGUCGUAAUGGAGGCGACCUACUAUUACAUUCCCCUGCUGUGGCAGGAGUAGCUGUUGAGCAGGACCAACCCAUAGACCUAUCUAUAAAAUCAACAGCUGUUCUGUUUAGAAGUCCCAAAAAUGAAGAAGUUAGUGACUCUGAACCCGAACUGAGUAUCGAUUUGAAUGAUGAUAACGGUAAAGAUAUUAUGAAGAACCCACUCGACCUGAGCCUUGUCACGAAACGUGUGGAGGAAGUCCCUAUGACUGGGUAGAACAAUUUUAUUUCAG